AUCUCGAAUCAUGUUAAUUCGAAACAAGUUGCAAACGACAUGAUUGAUUAGAACCAUUACAUUGUGCUGCUAAUUAAACAUUGCUUAUCGUGAAGUUUUGACCUCAAUUCGGAUUCUAUAUAAAUGGAUCGAUGGCCACAUUGUAGCUAUACGUGUUACAAAUUUUGUGAAAUGUGGACAAUAUUUUUACUGUUCGGACUGAGUUGUCAGAGUGUCCUGUCGGUCGAUUACGAAUUUCGUCCUGACGAUCCGGAUAUAUUUUCGGACUGCAGGAAUCCACCUGGACCUCCUGGAUCAACAAAUAUCAACGGCUUGUUUAAUCUGGAUGAACUGCAAUUGUCCCUGAAUGGUGAUAUGGUUCACUUUGAAGGCAAUUUAACAACAGUUUGGGACAUACAACCGCAAGAUCGCAUAGCGAUUAAGGGCACUGUCAUGCGUUGGGAUCGGGGCGUUUGGGAACCAACGAUAUUCAGUGUAUCCACUGAUGACUUUUGCCAAGUCAUGUAUGAUAAGGAUCAGUAUUGGUACCGGUAUUGGACCACACACGUGACGAAUGCGGAUGAAGUUGGAAGCAAAUGUCUAUAUCUUAAGGGCUCCAAAUUGAUGCAUGAGCCCUUUGAUAUAAAUUUGGUGAUUUAUGGUGUUAAUGCCGUCUCAAUGCUGGGACGGUAUAAGAUUGUUGUCACCCUGGAUGCAUUUGAUGAUCAGAAGAAAAUUAAACGUCCUACCGUUUGCGUUGAGAUAAAAGGCGAAAUGGAAGAGUUAUAAAAUCAACGAUUUUAGCUAUAUACAUGUAUAUAAAGAACAGAUGUGAAUUGCUGUUGCGCACAAUAUAUUCUGCAUAUGUAUAUAAAA